CUCACGUCACAGCAAAAAAAAUGUCUGACAAUCCGCAACCGCAACCGCCGUUGCAGUCGCCGUCGCCGCCGCAAGGCUAUCCAAGGGGACCUCUCUCUUACCCUAAGCCGGAAGCUGAAUACCAUGAAAUUGUUCAAAAUUCCCAACUUUUCUGGAACAAACUUCAGCAAUUCUCCGCAUCACUGCAAACCAAUUUCCAGAUCCCUCUUGUAGCAGGAACACCACUAGAUUUACACCGUCUUUUUGUGGAGGUUACAUCUCGAGGUGGAAUAGAAAAGGUUAUUAGAGAGAGAAAAUGGGGGGAGGUGAAAGGAAUAUUCAGAUUUCCAUCUUCUGUGACCAGUGCUUCAUUUGUCUUGCGGAAAUACUAUCUAUCCAAGCUUUAUCAUUUUGAGCAGGUUUAUUACUUUCGGAAAGAAGAGCCUUCUGUUUCUGUGGCUGAUCCUACAAGUAGUUAUGUCAGUGGCUCUGCAGCUGAACAUGCUAAUGAUGAUAGCGUUGCUAUGGAUCAAAGUUCAGUGAGCUAUAAUCUGGAGGAUGGGAAUUCACUGGUAGGAACAAUUGAUGCAAAGUUUGAUUAUGGUUAUGUAAUCUCUGUGAACCUGGGCUCGGAGAAUUUAAAUGGUGUACUGUAUCAUACACCUGCAUUACCAAAUCAAUUCCAAAAGGUGAAUACUUUGGCUAGGCCUUCCCAAAGGAUUAGGAAAAGACAGUUGGCUUUGAAGGACCCCUCUCGACCCAAGCCAAAUCGAAGUGGUUAUAAUUUUUUCUUUGCUGAGCAUUAUGCAACGUUGAAGCCUUCAUAUCAGGGGCAAGAGAGAGCUAUCAGCAAAAGGAUUGGAAUUCUUUGGAGUCGACUCACAGAGGCUGAGAAACAGGUGUAUCAGGAAAAAGGUGUGAGAGAUAAGGAGAGAUACAGGGCUGAGAUGCUGGAAUACCAGACAUCCAAUGUACAACCAUCGUAAGCUGAUAUUGUGGGACAUCUUUGUUUCCGCAUCUUUCGUUUUUGUUUGGGAAAUCAACAAUGUUUUCAUAGUCAGGAUUUAACUUUGAUGAAUUUGUGAAACUGUUGGGCUCUUCCUUACUUUUAUUUUCUGGGAGUUCGAAAGAUGCUUUGGAACGAGAUUGGUAUCAAAGAAGUUCCAUCUCAGUUUCCUUUAUGUCAAUAUAAUGUGUUUAA